AUGUCGAAUAUUAAAAGAGAUACAAUUUUAGGAUCUCGUCGAUUAAGCAAUUAUUGGUGGGCUACGUCUAUUUUACUUGGCGGGUUAGGAUUUUUUUUAGUUGGUUUAUCGAGUUAUUUCAAAAGAGAGUUAUUACCCUUUGCAAAAUCUUCUUCCUUCAUUUUUGUUCCCCAAGGUUUAAUUAUGACAUUUUAUGGAACUAUUGCUAUAUUAAUUAGUGUAUUUUUAUGGUUAACUAUUAUAUGGAAUAUAGGUGGAGGUUAUAAUGAAUUUAAUAAUGAAAAAGGUGUAAUUACUAUCUUUAGAUUUGGGUUUCCAGGGAAGAAUAGAUGUAUUCAAUUACAGUAUAAAAUAAAUGAGAUUCAAGCCAUACGAGUUAGUAUUCAAGAAGGUUUAACACCAAAAAGAGAAAUUUAUUUAAAAACUAAAGAUAAUCGUGAAAUACCUUUAACACGUGUAGGUCAACCAUUACUACUCUCUGAAAUAGAAGAAAAAGCAACGUCAUUAGCAUUAUUUUUGGGCGUUAUGUUAGAAGGAAUUGAAUAA